UCUGGAUGUGUUGUUUUUGUUUUAUACGCUUAGAAAAAUUUGGUAAUAAAUAAGCAUAAUAAUUCCUUUAAGCAAAAGCUCCUUGACAACCGGAAAUAGAUUCGAUAGGAAAUAACGAACCGUUUUGUUUGAGGAAUUGUUUUUAAUGGCCCUUAUUUGAAUAAAAGUCUCAGCAUGUUAACGUUGUAUUAUGCGAGCGCCACUUUUUUGCAAUCGUUCAGGAUUCAAAAAGUUUGUAAUAAAAUUGCUGAGCAUUUAGCCCAACCAUCGAGCAUUUCGUUUUAUACAUUACAAGCGGGCAGCGACGAUGGUUUCGAUCCCACCUCCGCCAGCUCAGAGCUGUGCGGCAAUCGAAAUGAGGCCAAGGUCACGGAUAUACUAUGGUUAAUUCGUAAUCAACGGGGUUGCUGCUUACGUCCCAUUCAAACUUUAGAAAUCACACCAUGGAUUAGUUUUCCAGCAGCUCCAAGUUGGCUGCCAUUUGAUUAUUCUGCCGACACUCUAACACCAGUGGUCAGUCCAUCUGCGGAGUCGACAACGCCAUUAAAGCCAAGAAUUCUAUUGUCUCAGGACAAAUCUAAGCACAUUCAAUUGCUAUUAGAGGCCAAAGUGCAACAAACAAAAAGCGAUGAAGGUCCAAGCGCCAAUGAAACGUUGCCCGUUCGUUUGGAAGACUUUGGUAAGCUAAUUGCAUGGAAAAUAGAUUCUCACCUGGCGGUGCUCAUUGAGACUGAUGUGGAGCACUUUACGCAGUUGUUGAUUACAACAUUUUUAAAAAAUAAUUUAUGCAUUAAUGAUCAGCUGCCACUGAUGAGGAUUGAGUCGGUCCAAUUGAAGGGGCAACCUCAACCUUUUGAAUUGUUGGCGAAUCAUCUCAAACGACAAUCUCGUAAUUCAGCCAAACUUACUGAAGACAAAUGGAAGAAGCAUCUAGAGGAUUUGCGAGGCCUUAGUGUGCUGGCCCACCAGGCCACAGAAUUUGAACACCAAAAAAACCGCACGGAAACCAAACCAAAGGAAGCUAAACCAGACUUGCUAGCCCAUGAAGAUCAAAAUCAGACGCAGACAGAGGCGAACAUCCAGUCUCAAGACAAGUCUAUUGAUGUGGUAAAAGCUUCAAAGACUGCACCAUCACUUUCACCUAUAGAUGAACAGAAAAAACUAGUCGCCAAAACUCCAACACCAAAGUCAUCUCCUGUCUCAGCUGUACCUUUAAUUGAAGUUUCCACCAACGCGGCUGCUAAAACUUUUUUGGCUGUUAAGCCGCAAUCGCCACCUGCAAUACAACGAGCCGCAUCUCCAGCGGCGCCAAUUGCCACCAACUCUCGUUCUACCUUAAAACGCCAAAAGCAGAGUCUUAGAGCAAGUAAGCCUCUUAAUAUUCUAGUCUAUUCUGACAGUACUACUGGCCGCGAAUCAACCUUGGCCACACUGCAACAGCUUUUAGAGCGAAAUGUAUACACCGUUUAUCCCCUGCUGCAGCAGCAGGCGUACCAAAAACAUUGGCUAGACCAAACUGCUCUUCUGGUGGUAUGCGGUUCUGUGACACCGGCUAUUGGCCAAAUUUUCGUUGAUUAUUUUCUGCAAGGUGGGAAGGUGUUGGGUCUUUGUUCAGAUAUUUUACACUUUGUUUUGCCCAAUUACCGCACAGCUGAGGUUCGCGAACAUGAAUUAGUUCAAUUCUCCUAUGACAAAUGGCAGAGGGUUAAGAUGAUGCAUCACAUAUUCUGCUAUCAACCAUCGCCAGUGAAAAAACAUUUCUCCACCGAUAGCGAAGAAUCAUCAAAAUCGUCCUCAAAUUCACGUAAACCAGCUCUAGUAUGUCCAAGGUCCAUGGAAAUCAAAGAUCUGUCCGGCCAUGAACACAGACUGGAUGUCCAAGUGCUUGGAUUUGAGGAGACAUGGAACACACCAAGUCUUUUAUUGGCGAAUAGUUUGCAAAGUGGCGGAACUGCGGUCUUCUCACAGGUUCAUUUGGAGACAAAUCCCAUCGAAUUUGAAUCAGAUGAACUGAAAUUUGAGAUACUAAAACAAAGUGAACGCACACGUCUGGAGAUCUUUGCCGACAUACUGCAGAAACAUUUGGAUGUCCAGGUAGCAAAGGUCAUAGAGGAACUGGAUGGAAAGACCGAGAUAUCGCAACAACAGAAUUAUCGCGGUGAAAUCUAUCAGCGGGCCUUUUUCCUAGGACGCCACGAGUCCAAAUUUGAGCUACUGGAAAAGCUGGGAUUGCGCUGCUCUGGCGCUGAUAAUGUCAUUGCUACGCCAAAAUUGGCACUUAAAUUUUGCGGAAAAGAUGACACAGCCCCAAUGGCCAACAAUACAAACGUUUUGCCCAUACUUAUACAUUCAUGUCCUGAUGAUUUCUCCACAGUGGAUUACUUUGAUCAUCUGACAACGGAGCAUAUCGGUCGUCUGGUAAUCUAUGCGCCUAUUAUCAGCAGUUCAAUGCAUGUCAUUAACAAUCUAGAACUAAUCCAUGGACUCGCUGUAUUACCCCUGCGACAAACUGAAGGUGUCGGCCGUAGCCAGAAUCAGUGGAUUAGUCCUUUAGGAUGUGCCAUGUUCUCGCUGCAACUUCAUCUGUCUAUGGAUUCAUCUUUGGGUUCGCGUUUGCCACUCCUACAGCAUAUUAUUGGGGCUGCCAUUGUGAAUUCCUUGCGUAGUCAUAAACUUUAUAGGGUUCUUGACAUAGCUUUGAAAUGGCCAAACGAUAUUUAUGCCAAUGGAGAUAUCAAAAUAGGUGGACUUAUUGUAAAUACAACUCUUUUGGGCUCACAAGCAAUUGUGAACAUAGGCGGUGGUAUCAAUUUGAACAACUCAAAUCCAACAGUCUGUAUUAACGACAUGAUUAAAGAAUUUAACGAGCGAUCGCUGGAAAAACUGCCUUUACUAAAAUACGAAGAGUUUAUUGCCUUGAUCUUUAAUGAAAUUGAGCGGCUUUUGGCAGAUGUUCAAAAUGGUGACUUUGAUAGUUUUUAUACCCUCUAUUACUCUCUGUGGCUACAUAGUGAUCAAAUUAUUAAGAUUUGCUUGGUUAAGAACGAAAAUGAAAAAGAGGCCAAAAUUAUUGGCAUUGAUGAAUUCGGCUUCUUAAGAGUUAAAUUACCUAACGGCAAAGAGGAAACUGUACAACCAGAUGGGAAUAGCUUUGAUAUGUUAAAGGGAUUGAUAGUACCCAAAUACAAUUAGGAAGUGCAAAAAAUGAAUGCCAAAUUUUCACCGCUUUGUUCACGCGUUCCUUCCAGAAGUCUAAAUAUAACUUGAGUAUCCAGCAAAAUUAUUAAGCUAAUCGGUUUGACAAACUAAGACACUGCCCACAUAUUGAUUUUCAUGUUCCUUAAGAAUAAUGUUUGCUAUAUAACCAAAAAUGUUGUAUUUGAAAUUUGAAUUUAUUUAAACUAAUCCAUCUCUACUGUAUCCUGUUACGAUUAUUCAAAUAAAAACCACCUCAAUAUCGAUAGCAGGGGUAUUUUCUCGGUACGAUACACGAUAUCGAUAACCAUUCUGUUGUCCAUUUUCGACAACCCAGAAUAGAAAUUUGUAUAAGAUUUUUUAUUGAAUUCUACCGUCAAAAUUUCCCGACGUCGCUGGAAAAAUAUUUGCAGGAUGACAUUGGUGGGACUGGCUGCUCGAAAGCUGGCACAAAAACAGAG